UACAGGAAACAGUUCAAUAUCAAUGACAGAAAAGACACAGCCUCUAAAGCAGAAGUUGCUUUAUUUAGCUCCAUGUAUUCUGUUACUAUUUUCCGUCUACGCUCUUCUCAGACAACUCUUUGUUAGAUCUACAGAAACAAAUUUACCAGUUCCUUUAUUCAGUAAUAAAAUGGUAUCAACAUAUGAUUAUAGAGUUACAGAAAAAAAGAAAGGGUCAAUAUGUCCUAUUUUACAAGCUGGUCUCGGAAAUAGACUGUUUCAAUUUUCUACAUCGUUUGCUGUUGCUAGAAAUAAACAAAUGGAGCUUAUCAUACCUUUCGAUGCUGACAUCCGAAAAGUGUUUCAAAUUAAUGUGACAUUCACUAAAUCAAAAGGAUUAUGUAAGGGAUUUCGAAAAGUGUUAGAUAAAGCGCAUGCAACUUACGACAAAAGUUUACUAAAUUUUAGUUCUACAGAUAAUAUUCAACUUGGAACUGGACUUCAGUCUUGGAAAUAUUUCGACAUGUAUGAUAGGCAGAUACGGAAGCAAUUAACAUUUCGAAAGAAUAUACAGAAUAUUGCAGAUCAGACGAUUUUAGAAAUACUACAGAGACGAAAUAUUAAGUCACGCAAAAGUAUUACUAUGGUAGGAGUUCAUAUAAGAAGAGGGGAUAAAGUUGGAAACCACGAUGGAUUCAACAUUGCUACACCCGAGUAUUUAAAUAGAUCUGUUAGUUAUUACGCUAACAAGUAUGCAAAUGUAUUAUUUCUAGUUAUAUCAGAUGGCAUGGCUUGGUCUAAAAAUAAUAUGCCUUCUCAUGUUCCUGUAGAAUAUAUAUCUUUAGGUAAACGAGAGUUUGAUAUGGCAAGUGUCGUUGCUUGUGACCAUACAAUCAUGACAAUAGGAACAUUUGGCUGGUGGAUCGGUUACUUGACUGGUGGCGAAGUAGUGUACGUAAAAGAUGCUGCCAAAAAGGGUUCACGAUUUGAACGCAUACUUAAUUCUGAAGACCAUUUCUAUCCACUGUGGGUAGGACUUUAA